UUUAAGGGUACCGACUCAUCAUCAGCCUCACAGUUUGUGAGUAACGAUCACUUAAAACAGAUGGAUGAUGAUGUUCUCUUUCACAUUGGAAUCAGAGUUGGUGAUCUUGACAUUAAAAAAGUAUUUGGUGAUGUAAAGGUAAAGGUAUUUUUUUCCUUAAGAGGUACUAUUUUUUUGAUAAAUAAUAAUAAUUUUAAUAAUAAAAGUGAAAAAAAUAAUAAUAACAUCCUUUGUUUACCCUCGGCAGUAUUGAUAGCACUGAUACUAGUGACUGGACGGGCCAAGCAAAUACCUGAAACAAAUACUUUAAAUGAAACUUAACAGCGGGGUUAAGAAUCCCAGUCAGUUAUUUGUAAACAUGGUUUAGGAUUUUAACUCGGGACUGCUAUGAACAAAUCCAGCUAGCGGUAAGCGUGGGACUUGUGAUUCAGAGGAGUUUAAUUUUCUGAUACGCCAUUCCUGUUUCAGUUUGUGUGCAUGGGAGGUAGCACAAGUCGCAUUAAAGAAUUUGCUAAGUUUAUACAGAAUGAACUUAAAGAUUACUUGAAAGCAGAUCAAGAACCGAGCAACCUGUCAAAGUCUGACCGCUAUGUCUUGUACAAAGUUGGACCAGUUUUAGCUGUAAAUGUAAGUCACUUUAAAUAGCAUCUAGCAUUUUCCAUGUAGCCGUUGAGUUUAUGAAACAUCAGCUUGGCAUCUCGACUUGCCUUUAUAACAGUCCUGACUAACUGUGCUUCAUGUAUUUUUCUGCCUGAUUUCUUUUAUUAUAUUCUGACCCACAAAGCAUGGCAUUGGAGUUCCCUCUUUGAUGGUUAUCAUGCAUGAAACUCUCAAACUGUUGCAUUAUGCAGAAGCUGAAGACGUCAGGUUCUUUCGUAUUGGCACAUCAGGAGGCCUAGGUAUGACGAUGGUAUCAUUAUUUUACUCCAUAUACAUCUGUUUUGGAAAAUGUUCCUGUGUGUUAAAUAAUUUUAGAUGUGUUGUGUUCAGUAUGAAUUGUUGUGCCUUGUUCUUUGAAGGGUUUAAUUUUACUUCUUUCAUGGUGGAUGCUUACACCCCUGGAGGCUUACUGUUCACAUGUAAAGAGGACAAAAUACAGUUGUCCUCUUAUCUGCGACAUUGCCAUUUACCGUUUACCUCUCCCCGAGGGUGUGGGGUGGGGAGGGGGAGACUGGAGGUGUACCUUUUACACUAUGUCAGGUGCUGUAAGUGAUAUUGGGUGCAUUGAUCAGUCUCUUCUGUUUUUUCCCCAAGGUUUGGAGCCUGGAACAGUUGUCAUAACAACAAGAGCAGUCAAUGCUCUUUUGGAACCAUUCAGUGAGCAGGUACUGUGACUAGAUACAAAAUUGCUGCUCUUAUGAAAUUUAAAAAGUGGGCAUUUGCUCACAUUUGGCUCCCACUCAAAGCAAAGGGUAUAAGUGUUCAAAUCAGUGUAAAUGUAUUGAAGAUAAAAAUGUAAUAUUGUAUAGUUUAUAUUGGAAGUGCAUGGUCUAGUUAAGUUUACAGGCCCUCCACCCUACUCAAAGAAUUUCAGACAAAUAAUACAACAUCCAAAAACCCUCANCUGUGUGUUAAAUAAUUUUAGAUGUGUUGUGUUCAGUAUGAAUUGUUGUGCCUUGUUCUUUGAAGGGUUUAAUUUUACUUCUUUCAUGGUGGAUGCUUACACCCCUGGAGGCUUACUGUUCACAUGUAAAGAGGACAAAAUACAGUUGUCCUCUUAUCUGCGACAUUGCCAUUUACCGUUUACCUCUCCCCGAGGGUGUGGGGUGGGGAGGGGGAGACUGGAGGUGUACCUUUUACACUAUGUCAGGUGCUGUAAGUGAUAUUGGGUGCAUUGAUCAGUCUCUUCUGUUUUUUCCCCAAGGUUUGGAGCCUGGAACAGUUGUCAUAACAACAAGAGCAGUCAAUGCUCUUUUGGAACCAUUCAGUGAGCAGGUACUGUGACUAGAUACAAAAUUGCUGCUCUUAUGAAAUUUAAAAAGUGGGCAUUUGCUCACAUUUGGCUCCCACUCAAAGCAAAGGGUAUAAGUGUUCAAAUCAGUGUAAAUGUAUUGAAGAUAAAAAUGUAAUAUUGUAUAGUUUAUAUUGGAAGUGCAUGGUCUAGUUAAGUUUACAGGCCCUCCACCCUACUCAAAGAAUUUCAGACAAAUAAUACAACAUCCAAAAACCCUCAGGGGUUGAAUCAAACCCAGGGCUGCUGGAAUGUGAAUCCCAUGGGUUUAACAUCUCCUUGUUUGUACCCUUCUUUAUAUGGAAAUUCCAUUGAUAUUAACUUUAACGUGGAACAAUUAUAGAGAAAUAGCCGCAACCAUAAAAAGAGAAAGAGAAAGUUGAAGACAGAGCGGUUCGAUUUUCAAUUCGAUUUUUCAUGGUUAUUCAAUUUGCUUCCAUGUAUUGUAGUAACUUUCCAUUAACUGCACGGGCUAUUUCUGCCUUUUUCAUUAUUACCAUUCAUCAAGGGCUAUUUUAACCACUCUUAUUGGCCUGAAAGUAGACUGGCCGUUCACAGUCCUCACCCCGGGGAUGAAUAUCAAAUGUACGUAGGGGACACGGGACGGUUUAAGACAGGGGCACCCAACGGCAAUUUUCGGGAAAAUAUCUGUUCGGAAGACGAUUUGAGAUCUAGAAUUUUCGGAUUAUUUGUUGUAAAAUUUCUUGCUUGCCUGCCUCUCCUAGGAUUUUCGAACAUCUAAAAAAUUGUAUAAUUGCCCAUUUUUAACGGAUUUUGACCCUAAAAAAGGCCACCUAGAAUUUUCGUAAGCCUUUUCCUGCCUGAAGUUUUCGAGAAGGUAAGUUUUUAUCCCUAUAAUUUUCGGAUCACUAGACUUUCAGCUAGGAAAUCCGAACAGAUGAAAAGUUUUUAGGGGAUAAAAAUAUGCCUAUAUCUACCGUUUGAAUACUUAAAUACGUUCAACAAUGCUAUGUUAAGAGGUUUUGAACUAUAUCCUCGUUGGGUGCCCCUGUUAAGAGGAGGCUAGCCUCCCUCUCCCUACUACUUCAGUCUUCUUUUGGUCCUUUUCUCGUACUUCAUUACUAUUUCUUACCAAAUAAACUUGCAUUGACACUGUCGUUUUCUGUCAUUUUUCAGGUGAUCUUAGGCAAGGUGGUGAAAUUUCCAACCCCGCUGGAUGAACAGCUUCAGAAAGAGUUAUUAGAUUGCAGUGGUGAUAUAUUGACAGCUGUGGGUGAUACAAUGUGCACACAUGACUUUUAUGAAGGUGAGCUGAAAGGGAGGCAUUUAUAGACCGUGAGCGGUCGUCCUUCUUUGCUCAAUGCCACUAGCCCCGCUCUCGUUUCUCGCGGCUUCUCACCCUUUGCAAAAAAGAAAAAUAAGAGACUGCCUGUUGUCUUAGGCUAUGUAAAUCAUACCGGAUAGCUGGCUUCUCUUCACACUGACUAAAAUUGUUGUGGCGGCGCGAUUUCUGUAACGGAGCGAAGCUGCACCGUGCCCAUCUCUAAAGCGGAGAGUCGCAUGUGUUCAUACUAUACCUAGGGCAUUCAUUGAUCAGGGGCAUGCUUACCAUUUACACAAACUACCUGCGUGGAAAUCUUGUAAUUUAAAGUGGUGGGAUAGCCUGCGAAAACGUCCGUUUAUCCUCGCUCUUCGCCGCUGGGGACGUUUCGCGCGGAGGAACGUCGGCGAAGAGCGAGGAGACAGCUUAGGAGGAACGGAUGUUUUCGCAGGCUAGUGGUGGGAGAACAAACCGCCACAAAGUAUAUCCAAAUUUGCCGAACAGACUAGAAAGACUUAGAAAAUUGCGUCGCCUCAAAUCACAGCCAAAUUUUCUGAACCUUCCACAACGGAAUGUCGCGAACCAUUUGAUUUUCCAACAGGAAUUUCCAGUUUUCCCCUGUAAAUGGUAAGUACCCCAGAUUCACAAACCAUCGUACAAAGUAAUUUGUAAUACAUAUUUAUAUCCGCGUCAGGACCAAAACAUGUCAAAACAAAAACCAAUACUGAAAACAAAGCAAGUACGAGGUCCGGGCAAUCUGCGCGCCAUGGGAAAAAAUAAAGUUUUGUGAAAGUGUACAUACAAGAAAAAUGUUUCUUGCUUGGUUCCCUAUGCGUAUGUGAGGUAUUUCUGCUGGAAUAUGUACAGAGCUUGUUUACCAUUUAUAAAAGAAAAAAAUCCGGAAAUUUUGGUUGGGAAUUUUCGGUCGCUAAGAACGGUACGCGUCCUUUAUUACCAUUUGCCUAAAAUUUCCUGAUUGUCGCGCCGCGCUAUAUAGACUGGAUGUUAGUUACAACUUGAAACUGGUACGAAACUCAAGAAAUUUGUAAAUGGUAAGCGAAUUUCCAUUCGGAAAGUCCCAAUCGUCCCAAUUUUAUAAAUUAAUAAAGGUUCUUCUUCUUCAAAAUCUUUUAAUCUUUUAAUUGAAAAUAGUUUUCUAUUUAUAUUAUUACCUGUAUUAGUGUAAUGUUUAUAUGUUUAGUGUGUUUUUGUGCGUUGUUGCUCAGGGCUCCCAUUGAUAACAGACAGCUUUUUGCGUCUGAAGGGGCUACCCUGAGCGGUAUAAAUUAAUAAAGGUUCUUCCUCUUCUUCUUCUUCUUCAAUCGGGAAAACGGGACUACCUUUUCAGAAUUUCCGUUUGUUCCUGGAAUUUUCCAGUGCGACGAACCAAAAAAACGUUUACCAUUUACAUCCCAACCGGAGUUUCCGGAAAUUUGUGGUAAAUGGUAAACAACCAGAAUUACGGAGUCUUGGUCGACUUUCAGUGAUUAAGGCACUCCUUUACGGCUUAGGGUUAAGCACUCAUUUUACGGAUUAGGAUUACAGACUAGGGUUAAGCGCUGAUUAGGGUUAAUCACUCAUUUACAACGGUUAGCUUUCGGUUAUUUCUUCCGUAAUACUGCUUUUUCGAUUUUCUUUGUAAUUUCGUUCGCAUGGCGUGCUAAGUAUGAUAUAGUGAGUACAGCAGUUUGUACAUGGUUCGAUUUUAAACAGGGGCACCCAAGGUGAAUUUUCGGAAAAUAUCUGUUCGGAAGACGAUUUGAGAUCUAGAAUUUUCGGAACAUUUGUUGUAAAAUGUCUGCAUGGCUUGCCUGCCUCUCCUAGGAUUUUAAAACAUAUAAAAAAGGUAAAAUUGCCCAUUUUAAACGGUUUUUUUACGCUAAAAAGGUCACCUAGAAUUUUCGGGAGCCUUUUAUCCGGCUGAAAUUUUCGAACAGGUAAGUUUUGAUCCCUAAAAUUUUCAGAUCACUAGACUUUCAGCUAGGAAAUCCGAACAGAUGAAAAAUUUUUAGGAGAUAAAAAUAUGUCUAUAUCUACCGUUUAAAUACUAAAAUACGUUUAUCAAUGCUAUGUUUAAGUAGUUUUGAACUAUAUUCUCGUUGGGUACCCAGGGCUGUUCUAAAGCCGUUGCGGAGCGGUUAUGAGGGAGUUUAAGAUACCAAGACCGCGAAGCCGGCGCAGGAAAGUGUCACUAAACAAGUGUUUUUGUGUUCUUUCAAAAUUUGUAUCACGAUUAUUCCUAAUUUCCUACUUUUCCAAAUGUAGGUGAACGCUUCCAGAGUUGAAUUCUUAAGAACCACAAUUUAGAGAGAGAAAGGGAAAUUAUAGCUAUCGUUUGUUUGCUUGCUCCUAAAACGUAAAGUUAAGAAAUUUCGCGUUGUAGUUGUGAAAUGAUGGCAACGAAAUGUACUGAAAAAUAGUCUGGCUCUCGUUCCAUUUUUCGCGAGGCCAAAACCGAAAAUCCCGUUCCUCGUCGUUCCUCUGUCUUUCUUUUUGGUUUGUGGCUUAAAGAAAUAGGAAUAGUACUGUUGAAACGCACUUGUUUCGUUUUAUAGCUUAAAGAACGUGGAAUGUUAUACUUUUGCUCAGCGCUUGUUUCGCUCUAGGGCUUAUAGAACGAGGAAUAUUUGAUUUGCAGCGGGCUUGUUUCGGUUUACGGCUUAUAGAACGAGGAAUAUUAUUGUUGGAGCGUACUUGUUCUGCUUUAUGGCUUAUAUAACGAGGAAUUUACGACCGUAUCUAGACUUGCUACAAGUCGACCUCUUGUCGAGCGGAGCGAGCGUUGUUUGUCCGCGAAGCGGCCGACCGCGAGCGACGAAGUCGCGAGAGGUGUAGACCGUAUCAAUCAAGCAUACGGACCGUUCGAAACGUAACACACUGUGCCCUGAUAUAAUAAUCAGAUGAACGCUUCGUAUGUACUCAGAAUAUAGACUGUUAGCAAUGCAGACGAUUUGUACGGGGCGUACGUUCCGUCAUCUCAUCUUAACGGUCCGUAACAGUGCGGCAGUAGGGAGCUUUAGCAUCGACGACGGCAACGGCAGCGGAAACGUCGGUUUUCAAAUGAAUUCCCGUUUUUUCAAUCUUUGUCGCGUUUUUUCCAAUUUGCUGAAAAUGGCAAGUGUGGGCGAAUUUCCCUGGAGUUGAUUUCUUGAGGACCGCACUCAAGUUUAGAGAGAGAGAAAGAGAUUCGUCGUCGCUUGUUUACGUCCUCCAUACAACUUGCAAUUAGACAUUUUCACGUCGUAGUCGUGCAAGGACGGUAAAGAAAUGUACAAAAAAGCGUGAUGCACGUGCAAAGUUGUUUGUUUUGCGUAAUAAACCUAUUGCUUUUUUGACGUCCUGGUUGCCGUCGCCGUCGUCGUUGCUAAAGCUCCCUAGUAUUGGACAUGACUGGAGGCGACUAAGCAACCAAGCCUUCCGCCUUUAUAUUCUCCUCCCGGCUUCGUCGCUUUCUAGCUCUUCCCUCCAUUGCUCUUCCCAAACAAAACCGCCAGCUACACAGGCUAAUCAAACCCUCCCCAUGCUAACUACAAUUAAAUCAGAUUUUCCUCAUUAACUGUCCUUCAGGUCAGGGAAGGUUAGAUGGAGCCUUCUGUGACUACACACUGGAUGACAAACUCAAAUUCCUGCAAAAAAUCCAUGAUGCUGGUGUGCGCAACAUUGAGAUGGAGAGUGCUUCCUUUGCGGCGAUGUGUAAUCGCGCAAAUGUGUCGGCUGCCGUCAACACACAGUGA